GAUUUCCAACAGUAAAUUAUGGGAGUACUCCAAUAUUGAUGUCAGAAUUGUAGAGCAUACAUAAAUCCUUUUAUGGAAUAACUUAAGGAUGAAGAUUAUUUGAGAUGUAAUAUUUGUACUUGCAUAAUAAAAAUACCUAAAAACUUCUUAAGACCUGAAGAUUUAGAAAAGAGACCUGAUUUGAAUACAGGAUCAUAUGAUAUAAAGGCAGGAUAAGAAUAUUAAAUGAGACCACCUAUGGCUCCUGCAUAUUUUUUUAUGAUUGACGUGUCAAGUAAGAGUGAAGGGAUUUUGAGUAUAAUGGGAUAGAUAAUUAAAGAUAUGAUUCUAGAGGAUAAAUUUAAUAAUAGAACAUUGUUUGGUUUUAUUACAUAUGACACAAGCAUACAUUUAUACAAUUUUAAUAGUAAACUUAAAUCACCAUAAAUGUAUGUAUUAACAGAUGAUAAUGAGAUGCCAACUCGUGAAGAUUAUAUGUUUAAUUUAUAAGAUUCUAAAGAUAUUAUUGUAGCAUUUUUAAAUCAAUUGGAUCGCUUAUUUCCUAAACCAUAAUUAAAGAGUACUUAAUUCAUGUCGGCAUUGAAUUUGGUGUAAAAGAUUAUGUAAGAUAAUGGAGGUAAAUUGAUAAUAUUAACAUCUUCUCCAAUUAAAGAAUUAAAUGUUGCUGAAAAUUAGAAGAGUUCUUAAUAUCACUUUUAACCAACAAAUAAUAUUUUAAAGUAAGUUUGUGAUAAGAUGCAUUUAAAUUAUAUAUGUCCAUCAAUUUUUAUUGUAUAAUCAGGAUUUAAUAAUGUUGGUACAUUAAAUUAAUUAGUCAAAUAUUUAAAUGGAGAUAUGUUUUAUUAUGAUGAUCCUAUAACUUACUGUAUAAAUUUAUAAUUAAUUAUUAAGCAUAAAAAUUUUAUUAUGAUUUCUAUGCAGUUUUAAGAAGAGAAUACACAUGGGAAUCUGUAUUUAGAAUACGAUUAUCAAUUGGAUGGAAAAUAAAAAGUGUUUAUGGGAAUUACACAGUAAAGAAUGCAGAUUUGUUGAAUGUAACUUGUACUGAAGAGUAAUAUAUAUUAAUCAUUAUUAUUUAGUCAAAAAGUAUUAAUGUAUGAAUUGGAGUUGAAUCAACCUAGAGCACCAUACGAUAAUUUAUAUGUUUAGACAGCAUUAUUAUAUACAUCAACUAAUGGAGAAAGAAGAAUCCGUGUUCAUAAUAUUUGUAUUCCUAUAAGUAAUUCUAUUAAGACAAUUUACUCUCAAAUUGAUUAAUCAUGUUUAGCAAUCUCAUUGUAUAAGAUAGCUUUAUCUCAAUUAAAUAUUGCAAAAGAUGCUAAAGAUUGUAUUUAAACUAAAGAUUUUUUGAUUGCUGCAACAAGAUCAAUAUCUAAAAAUUGUUAAUUCUACAAGGAACCUUUGGAUUUCUUACAUUCUUAUAUGUUAGGAAUAAUGAAAUCCCAAACCCUUAAUUAUAAUUAUGAUCAACAGUCUGUUUUAACUGAUCAUAUGAAUUAUUUAAGAUCAAUUUACUAAUAUUUGAAUGUUGAUGAAUUAGUAACUUAUAUUGUACCUCAAUUGUAUAAUAUCUCAGAUUUGAAAGAAUAAGAAUGUGUAUAUGAUGAUAAUGGAUAUUUUAUAUAUCCAUAAUCAAUUUCCUUGGUUUUAGAAGAAGUAUCUAAUGGAGGUUUGCUGCUUAUGGAUUGUGGAUAUUGUUUGAUUUUAUUCAUUUGCAAGUACUGAAUGAUCAUCUAUGAGUAGAAUUCAUGAUGAAAAUUAAAUGGCUGAUAUUUUUGGACAAUAGUAUUAAAAUAUGAAUUUGAUUGAAGAUAAUCUCUAUUCCAACUCUAAAAAUUUAAUCAACGAUAAACUCUAUUUUCUUAUUUAAGAAUUAAGAAAGUAUGUAUUAACUAAUAUAAAUUAUAGUAAUAAAUAUACUAAAUAUGUACCAUUGUAUAUAGUAAAAUAAGGGAGUAAAACUUAAUGGGAGGAACUUUUCUUCUAGAACUUAAUUUACGAUGAUUUUAAUCGCCAUUAUAGAAUGGGAUAUAAUCAAUUUGUAUAAUAUAUUGGUUGA